CACACCGCCGCCGCUAUAAACGCCAGACACUUGUGUGUCACUCCCCCCCUUUCUCUCAUCCUUCCACUCCUUCUCUCACAAUGGUCAACGUCACAUACGACGCCUCAAACGACCUCGUCGCGUACGCCGAUGGCGCGCCGGUCGUGUACAACCUCGGCGACAUUGCCUGGGUCCUCGCAUCCAUGGCCCUCGUCUGGCUCAUGAUCCCCGGCGUCGGCCUCUUCUACUCUGGCCUGCUGCGCCGCAAAAACGCUCUUUCCAUGAUCUUCCUCUCGGUGGCCGGUAUCGCCGUCGGCUCGUUCCAGUGGUUCUUCUGGGGCUUCUCGCUUGCCUUCUCCGAAACUGCCAACGUCUUCAUCGGUGAUCUCAAGCACUUUGCCCUCAUGAACGUCCUCGAGCAGCCCUCGGUCGGAUCCUCGCGCAUCCCCUCGAUCGUCUUCUGCAUCUACCAGUGCAUGUUCGCCAUCAUCACCGUGGUCCUCGCCGUCGGUGGCUUUGCUGAACGCUCCCGCAUCGGCCCCGUCAUGGUCUUCAUGUUCAUCUGGCUCACCAUUGUCUACUGCCCCAUUGCGUGCUGGACCUGGAACCCCAACGGCUGGACCGCCAAGAUGGGCGGCCUCGACUUUGCUGGCGGCACCCCCGUCCACAUCUCGUCCGGCACCGCCGCGUUCGCCAUCUCGCUCUACCUCGGCAAGCGUCGCGGCUACGGCACCGAGCGUCUCGCGUACAAGCCCCACAACACCGCCUUUGUCGUCCUCGGCACAGUCUUCCUCUGGUUCGGCUGGUUCGGCUUCAACGGCGGCUCGGCCCUCUCCGCCAACCUCCGCGCCGUCCAGGCCUGCAUCGUCACCAACCUUGCCGCUUCCGUCGGUGGCAUCACCUGGAUGCUCUGGGACUACCGCCUCGAGCGCAAGUGGUCGGCCGUUGGUUUCUGCUCGGGCGCCAUCUCGGGUCUUGUUGGUAUCACCCCCGCUUCCGGUUUCGUUGGCGCCCCUGCCGCUGUCGCCAUUGGUUUCCUCACCGCUACCGGUUGUAACUUUGCCACCAAGAUCAAGUUCCUCGUCCGCGUCGACGACACGCUCGAUGUGUUUGCGUCCCACGCCGUCGGCGGCUUCAUUGGCUGCGUCUGCACUGGUCUCUUCACCCAGGCCUCGGUCGCUGGCUUUGAUGGCUCGACCUCCAUCCCCGGCGGUUGGUUCGACCACAACUGGGUCCAGCUUGGCAAGCAGAUUGCCGACGGUCUCUCGGGCUUUGGCUGGUCGUUUGUCGUCACCACCAUCAUCCUCUGGGUGAUGCACUUCAUCCCCUUCCUCCGUCUCCGCUGUGACGAGGAGUCUGAGAUUGUCGGCAUCGACGACUCGAUGCUCGGCGAGUGGGCCUACGACUACGUCGACGCCGACCCCGAGCUCAAGCCCCACAGCCGCGCCGACUACGUCCCCGGUGACGAGACUGCCCGCGGCCGCUCGCCUGCGCCCAAGGACCAGACCGAGACCGCGGUCGAGCCUACUCAGAGCGCAGAAGGCUCGCAGUCUUCAGGCGAGCCCGAGAAGACGGUUUGAGCGGCGCGCGAGUUGUAGAUCACACAUUACCCCACUGUUUAAUAACCUGUCGUUUACACGAGGGUGUUGUCUCCCGGCUAGGCGGGCAUGCAUAGAUUGACUGAACA